GAGGGCUUCAAUGCAGGCAGGUCCGUGUGUGCGUGCAGGGAUGUGGGGAACGGUUGCAGGCAGAGGAAGGCGUGACCUGCAUGGAAAAUGCCAGACAACCCCAGACACACACACAUAGACGCGCACACGCUCGCAAACCUCCGGACAACGAUAAGGCGGACAGCGGAGCGCGGGGAAGCAGCCGUCCCCGCCGCCCAGCCCGCAGCGGGGGCUCUCCUCUCCCAGCGGCAGGAUGAGGUACCCCCUGGCCUGGUCCAUGUGUGCCUGGCUGCUCGGAGCGGUGGGUGCAGUUGAGCUGACUGAAAUGUUUGGAGAGAUCCGCUCUCCAAACUUCCCCGACUCCUAUCCCAGCGACUCAGAAGUGACGUGGAACAUCUCCGUGCCUGAGGGGUUUAAAAUCAAGCUGUACUUCAUGCAUUUUGACUUGGAGUCAUCCUACCUCUGUGAAUACGAUUAUGUGAAGAUUGAAGCAGAGGACCAGGAGCUGGCAACCUUCUGUGGCAGGGAGACAACAGACACCGAGCAGGCUCCCGGGCAGCAAGUCAUCCUGUCCCCAGGGCCCUAUAUGGGGCUCACCUUCAGGUCCGACUUCUCCAACGAGGAGCGCUUCACUGGAUUCGACGCACAUUACACGGCCGUGGAUGUGGAUGAGUGCCUGGAGAAAAGUGACGAGGAGUUGGCGUGUGACCACUACUGCCACAACUACAUCGGAGGGUACUACUGCUCCUGUCGCUUCGGCUACAUCCUGCACUCCGACAACAGGACCUGCAAAGUGGAGUGCAGUGACAACCUGUACACCCAGAGGAGCGGAGUGGUCACCAGUGCUGACUUCCCCAGUCCCUACCCCAAGAGCUCAGACUGCCUGUACCGCAUUGAGCUAGAGGAUGGCUUCUUCAUCACCCUCAGCUUUGAGGAUAGCUUUGAUGUGGAAGACCACCCAGAGGUGACCUGUCCCUAUGACUACAUCAAGAUCAAAGCUGGCCAGAGGGAGUUUGGCCCUUUCUGUGGAGAAAAGUCCCCAGGACGCAUUGAAACUCAAACCAACAGUGUGCAGAUCCUCUUCCACAGUGACAACUCAGGGGAGAACAGGGGCUGGAAGUUGUCGUAUACAGCAAUUGGAAACCCCUGUCCACUGGUGCAACCCCCAAUCAAUGGGAAAAUCGAGCCUUCCCAAGCCAAGUACACCUUCAAAGACCAGGUUGUCAUCAGCUGCAACACUGGCUACAAAGUGCUGAAGGAUAACCUGGAAAGUGACUCCUUCCAGAUCGAGUGUCUGAAGGAUGGGACAUGGAGCAACAAGAUCCCCAUCUGCAAAAUUGCUGACUGCCAAGCGCCACCAGAGCUGGAGCACGGCUUUGUCACCUUCCUCUCCAGGAACAACCUCACCACGUACCGUGCAGCCAUCCAGUACCACUGCCAGCACCCCUACUACCACAUGGCCCCCAACAGCACCGCCACAUACACGUGUGAUGCAUCGGGGGUUUGGAGGAGCGAGGAGCUGGGCACCGCACUGCCAUCCUGCCGACCAGUGUGUGGCCGGCCAGCCCGUGCUCUGCCCGGGAUCAUCAAGCGCAUCAUCGGGGGGCGAAAUGCAGAGCCUGGCUUCUUUCCCUGGCAGGCCCUGAUAGUGGUGGAGGACAUGUCCCGAGUGCCCAACGACAAGUGGUUUGGCAGCGGGGCCCUGCUCUCAGACUCCUGGGUGCUGACAGCCGCUCACGUGCUGCGCUCCCAGAGGCGGGACAAGACUGUCAUUCCCGUCUCCAAGGAGCACGUCACUGUGUACCUGGCCCUUCAUGAUGUGAGGAACAAGUUGGAGGCUGUCAACAGGACAGUAGAGAGGAUCAUCCUCCACGAGGAUUUUGACAUCCAGAACUACAAUCAUGACAUUGCUCUGGUCAAGCUGAAGGAAAAGGUGACCAUGGGGAACUACGUCAUGCCCAUCUGCCUGCCCCAGUUUGAGCACGAGCUAGAAGGACCUCACCCCAAUACACUGGGGCUGGUGGCCGGCUGGGGAAUCUCCAAUCCCAACAUCACUGUGGAUGAGAUCAUCAGCUCAGGCAUGAGGACACUAUCCGACAUCCUGCAAUACGUCAAGCUCCCAGUGGUGCUGCAUGCAGAGUGCAAGACCAGCUACGAGUCCCGCUCAGGGAACUACAGCGUGACCGAGAACAUGUUCUGUGCUGGCUACUAUGAAGGUGGGAAGGACACUUGUUUGGGAGACAGCGGAGGAGCCUUUGUCAUUCAGGACCCAGGAACCCGGAGAUGGGUGGCCCAAGGGCUGGUCUCGUGGGGUGGUCCAGAGGAGUGCGGCAGCAAACAAGUGUAUGGUGUGUACACCAAAGUCUCCAACUAUGUGGACUGGGUGGAGAAGAACACAGGCUCCUCAGAGAGGUGGACAUUUCUGGACCCUGAUCUGGAGAGAUGAGUGACUAAGCACUGCCUGCUGACACAGCUUUCUUUGUUUGUUGUCCUUUAAUAUGCUCCAGACUCCGGUCUUUCGCAAGCAGUAGCCAUGAUGCUCAACCGCACUUCGGCUGGACUUUGCCAGCCAACCACAUCAUUCCUUUCACUUGGUCCCAAAUCCCUUUGCUUUCACUCUGAGGAAAUGCUUGCUGGGGAGCUGGGGAAAGGGAUUAAAGGGUGAGAUCUCAUCUAGCAUUGCUAGCUCAUGUUGCCAGGCUUGGUGUUUAACCUCUUCUAUGCAGACUUGGGUAGUCUUGUGUGGCAAAGCAUUCAUUCUUGCAAAACCCAAGUCCCUUUUAGGUGUACUUCAGACCAUUCUUCUGGUUGAUUUACAGGUUACUGAAGGUUUCCAUGUUUUGUUCAUGGCUCUUCUGGCCUAUUGCUGGUGUCCAUGACUCACCCCAAUCCAUCCAACACUCCAUAAAGUUUCACAUCUCCCCUACCAUGACACAUACAGACAAUAAUCCCCACCAAGGAACAAAUUCAGGUGAGCUUAGCUUCCUUCAGCAGAGACAUCACCUCCUUCACUUGCCAGCAAAGCCCUCCUAUAGCUGGAAGCAACAUGCAGCAAUUGCCUGCUAUCCCCUCUGAGUGCUUUUAGCCUCCUUUGGACUUCUCCUUCUCCUUUGGUUUUGCAUGCAAGGAAUGAGUCAACGUUGAACCAGCCACCCAGACAUUUUGUUACCAUCCAAAAAGCCAUUCGUAGUGUAGGUAGAGGAGCAGAAGGCCUAAGGAAGAUCUAACUUGCAGACAUGCUAAGAACUGUACUCUUGGCUAUGUCAUAUAACAUAAGGUAUUUUUAUAUAUAUAUUUCUUUUUGAUACUACAUUCUGCAGAAUAUCUGAUUACAUGUAAGGAUGGUUCUGUGUAAUCUUCAUCCUGAGAAUAAAAUUAAAUGUUAAUAUUUACCGA